AACGUCUGCUAUCUUCACGGAUUUUAAAAUCCGCCCUGCAGCGAACGCACCGAACAAUACCGAGCCCCGUCCCGUUAACACAGACGGAGCCACAACAGCCACGAUGGGGGUGACAAUUAGAGUCGAAUACUGCGGCGGAUGAGGAUACGGGCCCCGCUAUGAGGAGCUCGCCCGGGUCGUGAAGGGUGAGUUUCCCGAAGCGGAUGUGUCAGGCUUCGUGGGAAGAUCGAGCAGCUUUGAGGUGGAAAUCAACGGGCAGCUGGUCUUCUCCAAGCUUGAGACCAGUGGCUUCCCGUAUGAGGACGAUGUCUUGAACGCGGUCCAGGACGCCCACGAUGGGAAAGCCGUGCAGAAGAUCACCAGAAGCCGUGCGCCAUGUGUCAUCAUGUAAACCUCCCUCUGUCCUGCUUUAACACCAGCAGCAUCGAUACAGACUGGUGCAGAUGUGUGCUGCCGAGGCCACCUCUGGAUUCAUACAAACCCAACAGAGAUGCACGAUGGCCACUUGCUGCUUCUUUCGACGCAGAUCACCACACUCUGCUCUGCCUUUUGGCUCCCCUCUCUGUUCUCAUGGUGGUGCUCCAGGCUGUUAAUGAUUACUGUAGCCUAAAAGGUAAAGGUUGCAGUCUGAUGAAUCCAGUCCUGGAGCUCCCUCCUUAUAGGAGCUGAGACAGGGAGAAGAUGUUGCAGAAGCAUUGAAGGGAACUCACUUUUCAAUUUUCCUACAGCCUCAUUGCCUGGCAUUCUCUAAUUGCCUAGUUGUUGUUAUCUUGUUUUUCAAGGCUUUGUUUAUUGAUCUCAUAUGCACUUAACAGUUUUCUACUGAUGCAAAGGCAGUGCGAAGUGGUUAUGCAUCAUUUUAAAGCAUAAAUGCAGACUCUUUGUUUCUGCCUCUGUGCUGAAUUAUCUUUUAAAAGCAUUUUUGUUUUUGAGGUUUCAUGAUUAUUUCACACACUGAUUACUGUACGGGUCAUGAAUACUGAAAAUCAGUCUCAUCUAAUUUGUGGUUGGUGAAUGCAAAACUUGGCUUUUCUGUCUUGAUACAUACCAAAUUGGAGUAGUGUUAAACAUUAGACUGGUUUUCACGCUGCAGUUGUGUGCAGCAGCUCCUCUGGAAUUCAAACUGGUCAGUACUAGAGCGAUCAUCAAGAAGUGCUUCUGAAGACCAACACCCACUGGUUUGUCGGCUCACGCUAGUUAGAUGUCAGCUCAUUUUCCACAACUCGUCUCUUAUUGUUUCCCUGGGUGUCAAAACUGUCGACUUUGAAUAAAAAUAAUGGUUG